UUUUUUUUUUUUUUUUCUCUCUUCUUUUUCUCUUCUUUUCUUCCUUUUCUUUCUUUUUUCUCGGUCUUUGGCCCUUAUCUGUUUUCUAAACUACGAAGGUAGUCUCUAUCCUCUAUUCUCCCCACUGAGUUGCUAUACUCGUCACUUUCCCUUCAAAAUGGUUCAAAAAGUCUAUGUCACCUACAACCAGGUGCACCAAUUAUGUCAAACCUCUGCCAACCAGAUCCUGAAUGCCUUCCACCCUAACCUCAUGAUCGCCAUCGGCGGCGGUGGCUACGUCCCCGCUCGCAUCCUCCGGUCCUUCCUCAAGCGCCAGGGUGAUCCCAACAUCCCCAUCCAGGCCAUCGGCCUGUCCCUCUACGAGGACCUCGGUCGCGGCGACGCCGAGGAAGUCCCCGGUACCAAGGUCACCCGCACACAGUGGUUGGAUCUCAGCUCGCUGGAGAUGGCCAACCUGAUCGGCAAGAACAUUCUCAUCGUCGAUGAGGUCGACGACACGCGGACGACGCUCGAGUAUGCCGUCCGUGAGCUCGAGAAGGAUGUCGAGCUUGCGCAGAAGCAGCUUGGUCGGGAGGGCGAGAAGACCAACUUCUUUGUCUUCGUUCUGCACAACAAGAACAAGCCGAAGAAGGGCUCCCUGCCCACGGAUAUGAUGGAGACUGGUCGUUACCACGCCUCGGUCACGACCGACGACGUGUGGAUCUGCUACCCUUGGGAAGCCAAGGAUAUCGAAGAGCACGACCGCCUGGCCAAGGAGAACCCGCUCAUUUGAGAUGAUAUUGAGGGGUCUUUGCUCUCGUAUGCUCUCUUGCUUCCAUGGGAGUUACAAAAAUGGUUAUGUUUUCUCGGGCUCGAAGGAGUUAGGGCGAACGUGCCACGUUACGAAUGAUGUUCAUUGAUGGUAAUUGAUAGAGAAAAGCUAUUUUGCAUUUGCAGUUGGUAGGAUCUUGGCUCGCUUUGAUUAAGGCCUGGUAUGUAGGUGAUUAGGGUAUAAAGAAUAAAAGAAGACC